UGCGCAUGUGCGGGUGUGGUUCCUGCCGGCUGAGGGAGCGCAGUGCAGCGGCCAGUCAGCGGGCAGUGUGCUGUGCCUUAGGCCAAUGGCGCGGGACUUCAGUAACGAGUUCCGUUGUCAAGGGUAGCGGUGAGGCCCUAUAGUAACGGUGGGGCUGAGGAUGGAGGGCGCGGGGAGCCGAUGUGCGCUCGGUGGGGCCCGCAUAGCUUCCAGGAUGCUCUGUUCCGUGAUCUUUCACUGCAUAGAGGUGAGGCUGACAGGUCUGCGCUGGACCUACCUCUAGGCCUGGCUCCACUUCCCGUGACCAAGUGCGCAGGCGCAGGGCUGCUAGUCAGUGCUGUUGUGGGGCUCUUGCCAGAGGUUACUGAUGACCUGUCCUUAUAAAGACUAUGGUUAUCUUUUUCUUCUCCUGCAUUUUUUUAAACCACUGUUGAUAUUAGCAUCUGUAGGAGGGAGAAGUGCCAUGAUCUGACAUUAGAGAAGAGUCUUUGAGGAUGAAGGCAUGAAACUACGACAGCUGAAACUAGAGAAUCAGGCACUGUGGUCAACAUAUGCCAGUUUGAGAUAUUGUCACGGAGAUGCAUCACUGUUCCACCAAAACAAAGCUGCUGGGCUGGUUGGAAUUCACAGAAUCACAGAAUUCCUUUGGAGCAGCUGUCAGUUAAACAAGAAAGAGAGAGCUCUUCUAGAGAAGAAGCAGAAGAAGAAACGUCUUGAUCCUUUGAUGGUACAGCCAAAUCCGGAGGCAAAGCUGCACAGGUCAAAGCCCAAAGGAUGUGAGGAACAGACUCCUUUUGUAGAAACUCCUACCACUUUCCACAGUGAUGUUGUGUUACAUGGCAUUGAUGGACCAGUUGCUUUCUUGAAAUCAGAAGUACAAGAUUUAGAAACCAAACUCCAAACUUUCUCUGUUGGGUCUUUCAUAACAGAAGAAAAUGCAGAUGAGGAAAACAACGGACAGGCUCUAACAGAAACAUUAGGCAAUGUAGAUCUGCAAGAAAUCUUACAGAAACGAGGAAUUUCAGGUAGUUUGAAUUUUGAUGAGGAGGACACAGAAGAAGAGGAAGAAGUAAGUAAGAGACCAGCAUCUCAGUCACCACAUCCUGAAUCUGAGAGGCCUAGUUCUGCAACCAUCGAGAAAGCAUCCUUUGCAGAAACAGGUGCUUCCUGUAGUCCAUCCCCUCAGGCAGUUGCACAUCUGGGAGAAGUAGAGAACUUGGAGGAUUUUGCUUUGCGCCCUGCACCCCGUGGUAUUACAGUCAAGUGUCGAAUCACUAGAGAUAAGAAGGGAAUGGACCGGGGCCUCUUCCCUACUUAUUACAUGCAUCUGGAAAAGGAUGACAACAGAAAGACAUUUCUUCUUGCAGGUAGAAAACGAAAAAAGAGCAAAACGUCCAAUUACCUCAUAUCAGUUGACCCAACUGAUUUAUCCCGGGAAGGGGAGAGUUUCAUUGGAAAACUGAGAUCAAACCUCAUGGGAACUAAAUUUACAGUUUAUGACCACGGAGUUAGCCCAAUCAAGGCACAAAGCCUAGUGGAAAAGGCUCAUACUCGACAAGAACUUGCAGCUAUUUAUUAUGAAACCAAUGUGCUAGGAUUCAAAGGUCCCAGAAAAAUGUCUGUGAUCAUUCCAGGAAUGAAUAUGAAUCAUAAGCGAAUUCCAAUCCAGCCACAAAAUGAAAAUGAGAGUCUUCUGUCAAAAUGGCAAACCAAAAAUUUAGAGAACCUCAUUGAGUUGCACAACAAGGCUCCAGUCUGGAAUGAUGAUACUCAGUCCUAUGUUUUGAAUUUCCAUGGGAGAGUCACUCAGGCCUCGGUGAAGAACUUCCAGAUUGUCCACGACAAUGACCCUGACUACAUUGUGAUGCAGUUUGGUCGUGUAGCAGAAGAUGUUUUCACUCUGGACUAUAACUAUCCUCUUUGUGCUCUUCAGGCCUUUGCUAUUGGACUGUCCAGCUUUGAUAGUAAAUUGGCCUGUGAAUGAGAAACAACAGACUUGAGACAUGGAACUCACUCCCAUCUCUGUAUCUUGGUAGAAUUCCAAGUGAAGUAAUGAAAAGCACAUUGGGAGUGGAAGGAUACCAGAGGACAAACUUUUCUAGGUGUAUUAGAAAGUAAAUAGCAGUCCUGAGAGCAUUUUGGUAUUUCACAGUAGACCAUCUUAGGAGACUGUCUCAAGACUGAGCAGUCUCUGUACGCUUUGUGGAAGAACGAGGAAUAUGGAUGAUAUUUUUGUUGUCAGAAUUCAUUUUGCUUUCAGAAUCUUUGCAUCAGCUGCUGUUUGAGCAGGCUAAGGAACUGAAUUCACUAAUUGAAACCCACUGCAACUAGGAUUAGAAAAAUAAUUGUUUAGUGUUCAUGUACCUUGACUCUUCAGCAAUGCCCCUGGAGAUGAUGCUGCUGAUGUUACUUUGAGUUUCUGAUCAGAUUAAUUGAGAAAAAAGGAGAGUAAUUAUGGCAUAUGUUCUGUCUUGCCCUGUGCAGCAUUUUGCAGCCUGUUAACAACAGUGAAAGAGAAAAGGGUUCAGGUUAAGCCUAUGCACGACUGCAGGUAGUGGUCAACAAACACAACUGGACUCAGAUAUUGCCUCUAAUAAAACAUGUUUCUCUUACUCUGUGGAAUUAAUCUCUGUUAAAGCUGAUAGUCCCUUUCAUUAUCCUAAUUGCUCCAUGUCCCUCGAUAUACUUUUUAACAAAUGAAGAAUUACUCCCUUUUAAUUUGGCAAAAUUAUAUCCAUUGGUGUAUCUUUUAUUUUUAACCAUGUGAAAUAUGAGAUUGAAUAGACGAUGGAAUCUGACUUCAGCAGAAAGUAGUAUUGUUUCUGAAAAGCAGUGUUUGGAUUGAUUGAAUCUAGAUUUUAUGCUGAUCAGAAAUACUCUUUAAUUUGUCUUUUGUGAAAUUUUCUACACUUUUAGGAAUGAGCUAGAUGUAACUGAUCUCAUUUUUUUUGUUUUAUGUGAGAUUAUCUCAAGCUAUGACACUUCAUAGUAGGUUUCAUAUAAAUAAUUUUAAUCUGCCUAUAAGAAUAAGAUACCUCAAGAGGAGAUUGCUGAUGUUUUCAAAGGCAUCAGUAAGUUUUAAAAAAAGUAUUGUGGGGCUCUACAGCGUUUCUUUCCUGUGUUCCCAUGUUAAUGCUGGAUUGUACAACUUGGAGACUGUAGGUCACAGCAUGGGACAUUUCUUAAUUCAUAUGGCUUUGAUUUAUCAGUGAAUUGCUACAUGCUGUCAUGCAAGCCUCAUAGUGCACACAUCUGCUGUGUACUAAAGCAGAACAGCUAAUAGCUUGCCACUUCCAUGGCUAUUACGUGUAUCCACAAUGAGCCUGGAAAACUGUAUCUUCCAUUAAGACAAGAAACCGCAUUCUUCAGUUUUGCAUGUUGUUAUUGUCAGCAGACAAGCUCUGUUUUGUGCUCCUACGAGCCAGACUUACUGCUUUUGGUCUCCAGAAUCUUUGCAGUGGUAGGCAUCACUUGCUUUCUCAAAACAGUCACAGAAAAUACCUUCAUAGGGUUUCAUUGCAUGUGGGGGGUGGUUGGAAGUAAUCAUAAGUAAACUUUGUAUUUAGUUGUAAGUUAUGAAGUGUUGCUAGGAGGACCAACUCUACAAAAUGCUGGAAGUUCAAUCUCAAAUACCCAUUCUGUAUUAGCCGGAGAGCCAUUGUAUUCAGAGAGAUCUGAUCAGCACAUCAGUCAGUGAAGAGAACUAAAAUCAUGAAUAUCUUUUGUGCCUUCAUGUACCUCCUGCUCAUCAGGCUAGGGACAAGAUCUGACCCUUUUCAAGUUCUGUUCUGCUGAGUUCUUGGCUGGUGGCUCUGCCUUCCUUCUACCCAUCCAGAAGUACUAAGAAGUCUGAUAGUAAUCUGAUUACUUUUUUUGUGACUAGGACAAUGUAAAAGAAACUGCCCUGUGUUAGUUUGGUGUGACUUGAAGGUCUUGAAGGUUGAAUACUGAUUUCCAAUUCAAGAUGAUUUUGCUCCGUUAUGAAAAAGUCAUGGUAGCAUUGCUGGACUCACCCUUUCAAUUACACUAGUUAGCAGUGGAUUUUCAAGCUAUUUGUUGAUGUCAAAUCAUCUUCACUGGGCUGAAGUCUCUGAGUCUUGGUCAAGUUAUGUGGGCAGAUGAACUGCUUCAGUGCUCUUUUAUCAGAUACUGUUUUACAUCAAUUGUAUUUAUAAUUUUUAUAUCUCAAUGCGAAUAAACUAAUUUAUACAUUGGAAAA